UCUGUGACGUCAGUCAGUCAGUGUUGAUUUGGUUGUAUCGGACGGAAUUGCUUGCAUUCUGCAUUUCGUUUACCUCAAUAUGAAAAUCAAAACAAUUUAUACCUUCGAAACUACAGAACAAUGUAAUUAAAUCUGCGUACGGGAAAUGAACAUAAUGGAGGAUAAAGUGUCAACUGUUAACGACCAUUUACAAAAUGGUGAUAUUGAGUGGCAACCAUUGGCACUCACUUUGGUUGAAUAUCCAAAGGGUGAUUUAUUAGGAAAAUUUUUCGCAUUUAUUAGUUUGUCACCAUUUGGGAUCGGCGCUGGUUUUGUUGCUUUAAUAUUAUUUCGCCGUGAUCUCCACACGAUUGCAUUCUUCAUAGGCACUUUACUUAAUGAAAUUCUUAAUAUUAUUUUAAAACAUAUAAUAUGUGAAGCAAGACCUAUAGCACGGGGACAUUUAUAUAAUGAAUAUGGCAUGCCAUCAUCUCAUGCACAAUUUGUUUGGUUUUUUAACAUCUAUGUGCUCUACUUUGUGGUGAUCAGAUUACAUCACAUAAACAACAACAGCAUUAUAUCAGCCUUAUGGAGGGUAAUCAUAGUGGGUAGUUGUACAAUGUUGGCUCUACUUGUAAGCAUUGGCAGAGUGUAUCUCCAUUAUCAUACAACCUCGCAAGUGGUUGUUGGUGGAUUUGUGGGAUUCAUAUUUGCUACUCUAUGGUUCUUAGUAGUCCAUAGAGUUUUAACACCACUUUUCCCACAAUUGGUUUCACUGAAAUUGUUUGAAAUGCUGAUGAUACGAGACACGACGCUGAUACCGAAUGUGUUGUGGUUUGAGUACACGACGUCGCGGCAAGAGUCUCGGGCUCGUGGACGCAAAAUGGCGGCGCUGAAGCCGACUCAAUGACGGUGCGCCUGCCGCGUGACUAGCGGAUGUCCGCGGCCUCGCGCGUGACGCCUCAUCGCCGCCGCAGCUAUCGCGCUGCUUGGCGGCAUGAUACUUACUAACUCGGAACGCUCUUUACUUCUCUACUGACUCCAGUGAGAACAACUGGUUUGACAAUUUUUUUAGGUCUACCUCCACAAUAACCAGGCCUGGGACUUGUUUCGUCCAGAGUAAAAUGUAUAUACAUUUAUAUCAUUUCUAUGGAUUCAUCAAGCUCAUUAUCAUCCUCCGGGCAAUAUUUCUGGUUACAUCCUGAUUUCUUUAGAGAGGAGACCAGGCACCUUUAAGCAAGAUCUUCGAUUGGCUUAGUCAGGUUUUUACACUCUUAUAAGGUUUUUAUACUCAGCAAACUUUGCAAGGGAACCUGACCAUAUUGUAUCAUAAUUCACAUCCACUUAGCUUUAUGUGUAAGUUUCACCCAAGAAGUUUUCUUUCAUCGUAAAAAAAUGCAUUGCAUAAGUAUAUAAUGUUUUGGAUGAAUCACGUUGCAAUGGCCUGAUUUUUGGGAAUAGACCUUUAAUCUUCCGGCGGUUGUUACUUUUCAGAGGUGAUGUGAUUAUGCAUAAGGCUUAGUAAUAUUUCUACUGUGGUUUAUCUUUGUUUACAAAGGAAUUACAAUGCAAUAAUAAUGUGAACAACCCUUAUGUGAAUUGUAGAAUGUAAAGCAAAUUUUAUUAGGCAAAUAAUGAAUUAGAAGAAUUCAUCAAUUACCUAUGGCUAAGUAUAGAACUUUUUUAGUAUGAAGAUUAAGGUGUAUUGUGUCAAAUAUUUUUUUAUGGAUCUUUAGGUUGUGUAUGAUAUUGGUUGUAUGACUAAAAGCUGGUUAUCCAUAAGUGCAAUGUAUAACCUUUUCCUCCAGACACCUUUUGUAUAUGUAAAUAGAAGUUGUAUACUAUAAAACAAGACACAAACAUCAUAAUACAUACAUACAUUUAGUUACAUCUAUAUCCUUUGUGGGGUAGACAGGGCCGACAGUCUCUAGACUAAAAGGUCAUGUUCAACUGUAAGGCUUCAUUAUGGACUUGAGAUUUAAACAGACAGCCCAUCGCCUACAAGAGGAAUCCCAAGUUUAUAAGCCUAUUCCUAAGGCGCCUUUAACGACAUCUAUGGAAAAAAAUAUGAAGUGGAUCUUUUCUAAAAUGUCGUACUCAUUAUAAUUAAUCCAAUUUGUAAAAUACAUUAUUUUCAAAAUUAUUUCUAUAAAAUUUUGCCUAAGUAGAGAUAUUACAUCCAUCUAGUCUAACAUAAAAAACUUUUCAUCAUCACAUAUUUUUAUAUUUAUUUAGGAAAGAUUAUCUUCUGUCGCCAACUUGUGCGAUUUGCAUGAAGAAAAAAGCAGCAAGCAUAUUUUUUUUUCUUCAAACUUAAAUCAGCACGGAAUCCUCCAUGCUGAUCUAAGAGUGAAGAUUAGACUACUAAAUUUAUUUGACUUCCUUGUACCGUUUACUUAUACUAGCUUCCAAAUGCGAAGUUGAAAAAGAUGAAUAUUUAGACUAUUACAUUUCAUACAAAUCGGUGCCUGUGUUAUAUAUACAGUAUACAUUAUACACUGUGUAGAAUAAAUCAAGGAACAAUAAUCAAACAAUGUUUUACAUAUUUUCAUAGACUAUGUAAUCUUAGUAUAGUACUACACAUCCAAGUUUGGGUUAUGAGAAUGAAGCUUUUUUUGUAAUUUUAUUUAAUGCCUUAAUAAUACCAAUAUUUGCAAUAGGUAGUGUUUAUAUGUCCUUUUUUCAAACAAGAUUAUUUAAUGCAUGUUUGUAUAUUUAAUAAAUAAUUAUUACAUAAUAUGAACGAGAAUAUUUGUGUAUUAUUAAAUGAAAUAAAAUAUUGUAUUAUGUGAAUAACAAAGUAAUUUGACUCAUAAAAAAGAUCUUUGUGUAAUCAGAAUUAAUGUGCAUUAGUGGUAUAAGCAAGUGAUUACGCAGUAGAGCUUUUACGAUACAUCGAUAUUAUUGUGCUUGCCCAAUGCGUUUAGGUACAUCUUCAUUGUGCCUGCACUGUUUUUAAGGAAUUAACUGCGAUAACAUUAGUGUAAUGUUUUAAAAAUGAUAUUUCUUCAAUAAAUUGCAUUUACGUUUUUAAUUGUCUCAGCAAUUUGGCCAUGUAUUUGUAUUUUUUUUAAUAGUGACCGACGUCAUAGCCAAAUUGUUAAGACGUACAGUCAACAACGUAAUUAAAAAUGCAAUUUAUUUAUUCACCCGAGUUAAAAUCUGGGGCGGCCAAACAUAAGUAUAAUACCCUGAUACAUACGAGCUAAGGACUAGAGCUUGUUCUUCAGCACCAAGAUUUAAAGAUAUAUGUCUCGCUGUAUUCUUAUUACAGACUUACGAGGUUACAACACAAUAAAGCUACCCAAUGUGUGUACAAUACCUACUUCCAAGUCGUUGCCUGCCAAGGUGUAUACUGUAAACGUUUUUAAGCAAUAGUGGGGUAGCUACACAAACAAACUAAAGGAUUUUCAAUCUUUGAUUACAUUAUAAUACUUUAAACCUAUUUUGUUACGUACUGCACUUUUAAACGCUUGCCCAUACAUCUGUGUAGUGGUGUAGACAGUUUGCUUUUUAUGUCUAUUUUAUGCUUCUGUGUAAUGAUGAGUGUGCGGUAUUUAUUUUAUAUUGGUUUCCGGCACCAAUAUCUAUACUUUCUAUACUAAUAUUAUAAAGCUGAAGAGUUUGUUUGUUUGAACGCGCUAAUCUCAGGAACUACUGGUUCGAAUUGAAAAAUUAUUUUUGCGUUGAAUAGACCAUUUAUCGAGGAAGGCUUUAGGCUAUAUAAUAUCACGCUGCGACUAUUAGGAGCGAAGAAAUAAUGGAAAAUGUGAAAAAACGAGGAAAAUUAUUCAUCCUUAAGGGUUUUAAAGAUGCCCAAAAUAACUAUUCCAAGCGGACGACACAGCUAGUAAAGAAUAAGACCACUCCAUCUCUUUCCCAUGGAUGUAGUAAAAGGCGACAAAGUGAUAGACUUAUAAACUUGGUAUUCUUCUUAUAGGCGAUGGGCUAGCAGCCUGCGCUAUUUGAAUCUUAAUUCAAUCAUUAUGCCUGUGGCGUGUCACUCUUAAAACUGCUGGCUCUACCUACCCCGCAAAGGAUAUUUACGUGAUUAAAUGAAUGAAUGAUGAUGAGUGUACGGUACGCAAAUUCAGUGUUGUUGUCUGCUCGAUAAGAUAAGGAUAUUUAUAAAGGCUCAAUUUAUAUAAAACUUAUUAUUAUAGGUACGUCCCUGAGCUAUCACUAACCAUGCUCCCACAGUAUUUUACCAAAAUUGAUUCAACAUUUUGGCUAUGCUAGAUAUUCUUUAUUUAAUUCAUAGAAAAAGGAAUAAUAUAGGACUAUUAUAUUUCGAUUUUUUUUUAUUGGUAGAUACCUAGAUGUUUUAUUAAAAAAAAUGCAUAUUGAUGAACACGAUUUUAUGUUCCUAACUGUAUAUUAUACAUUAAACUACUUAGCUGUUAUUCUUUCUGUCUUGUGUGAUGUAUGAUAGCAUCAGUGGACUAAUGGUUAAAUUCCGAAUCACAUAACAGAGCGGUCGGUUGCCUGUUUCCAAUCCCACCUUUAUAGUCAUCAAGUGUUCAUGAAUAUGUAAACUUGAUUAAAUCCGGCCAGGUUCUCCUUUGGAGUCACAAAGGAAGCGGCAGUCGCAUGUUGUAAUUUCCUAAUAAUCUGUUUCCCCACAUCCUUGGACACCGGGUAAAAGAAUUGCAAUUGUGUCAAUCAGGCAAAAGCCGCCAAGGCCGAUAACAAAUGGGUGAUAAGUUCAAUAAAAUGAUUUAACAAAAAUUAAGUGCAGGGAUAGUUGGAUGCAGUUCAGAACCUUUUAUUUGUAUAGAAAUUUAAAUCGAAAUUGUAAAUAUUUUUCAUUAAAUAGUUAUUUAAGUCUAUGAUUAUGUAUAUAAUUAUUAUGGAAACAUAGUAAAUUUGUAUUACUUAA